UGUGACAAAGAUAGAAAAAAUAUGAAAUCAGGAAGGGGGCUGAUCCACAUUAGUAGAUAUUUAGUGCACAUUAGUGUUAAAAUGUAUUGCUAAAGUUAUGUUUGAACAGUGAUUGUGAAAGAAAAAAAAAGUUGGUCUUGGUCGUCUCUUCAUUCUAAGGUCACGUAGGCCCACAAAUGUAAUGUUGUUUAUUUUUUCUUGUAAGUUACAAAGCGAGGGCAGUCUUUAUGACAGUCAUUUUGAUAUAAGAAAAGGCAACUGAAAAAUAGAACAUCCAUCAUGCACAUCAACAUAAUGAAUAUUAAAUAAAGAUGUAAAAAAAAAUUAAAGAUGGAAAGAGGCUUGAUUAAUAUGUGUGAUGGGUUGUGUCUGGGGAAUACUGAAACAUCAUAUAUUCUAUGAAAUUCAUGUCUUUUCUGUCAGGGUGGCACAUCUCCACCUGCCUCCCCCGUCAGUACCACUUUGUUGCUGAUGCAAAGAAUUGGACUGACGCUCAGACCUACUGCAGGCAGACAUACACAGACCUGGUUACCAUUCAAAAUGCUGAAGAGCUGGAUGAAUUCAUCAGCACACUUUCAUCUGCUGGUUACAAUUCUGAGGUCUGGAUUGGUCUGUACAAUGAGAUAGACUGGAAGUGGUCAAAUGGGUACACAGGGAUUGGGGCUGAUUAUCAGACGUGGACAUCUGGAACACAGCAGAAUCCUGAAUUUGUUUUUGUAAAUGAAAUAAGUAGUUGGUCCAGUGCUCAGAGGUACUGCAGGGAGAACUACAUCGAUCUAGCCACUGUGACCAGCGAUGGAGAGAACCAGAAGCUGCAGAUGAUAAGCUCAGCAUGGAUCGGUCUAUAUAGAAAUCCAAAUGUUCUUUGGUCUGAUGGAAGCAGCUUCUUCUACAGCAACUUUAACUAUGGUCCAAACCGAAUUCGCUCAAUGACAGUCACUUGUGGAUUUUCAUCCCUGCAGAGUUCAGGAACAUGGAAUUUUUGGCCUUGUAAAACAAAAUUACCAUUUGUCUGUUACUACGACCCUCCAGUCUCACAUAGGCAGAUGCUGAAGCUGAGCAUAAAUCUGGACCCCUCUCUGGAACUUAACAUGAAUGUGAAAGAAGACCUGCUGAAAAUGAACAAACAUUAUCUAUCUCAGCUCCAGGAGAGACUGAAGGAGAAAGGAAUAAGUGGUGGAGUAACUCUGAAAUGGAGAAAGCAGUCUGAUGGGAAGGUUUUCCACAAGGAUGAGGAUGCAACCACUGUGAAUCCAUCCUGUGAACAGAUACUGACUUAAAUAACGUCAGUAUGUUGAUCAGAGAUGCUGUAUGCUUUAUGUUGAGUAGCCUAUUUUUGUGCAUCUGUUCUUAGCAGAUUAUUCUUUCUUAGCUUAACUAACGUUAUUGAUAAAAAGCCUAUCACAUUUCUUUAAAUCAUGCAGAUGUACCGAUCUCUGAUCACCCUACAUAUCCCCACACCAUCCACUGCAUGUUUUAUGGAACACAAUGAAUCAGUGAACUGAAACAAAAAUGUUGCUAACAGAAAAAAAAAUCUAUUUAAAUACUUCAUCAGCAUUUACAUUAGUGGCAGAUUUUUGAUGAGCGCCGCUGCAUGAGUGACUGAUGAAAAAAAGUCAUUCACAUUCCUCCCAUAUUGCUGCAUCUCACUGAUAAUUUGGGAGUUAUUUUGUUUUCCUUUUAGGAGUUUUGCAGGCCGGACUAAGAGAUCUUCAUCCAUGUGUGCUGUAGCUAGUCACUUAGUUUUUUCCUCAUUAAUAUUACUGUGUGAAGUGUGGUAAUAAAGGUUUUCACAAAAGUCUGUUUAAAAUGCAUUAAACAGACUCUUCUGGA